AUGCCCGCUCCGAGGCGGUUUGACAGCUCGAGCCUCCUCCCGCGCCCCCUCCACCCCGGGGCAGGGGUGCCAGCAGCCACGGUGACCUCUUCAGACGGCGACGGACUCUGCCGCUCGCCGCCAUCAACUCGCCUCGCCGGUCCCAUCGCGCUGCCGGAUACAUCUCCGCCACAUAUCGACACUGCACGUGCCGCUAGACCAGCUCGCACAAUCCCCAUACCACUUGCCUCGCCUUCCACCAGCCCGCCACCUCCGGACCCGGCUGUGUGUAUACACACACACACAGACGCCGUAAUGCACAAACAAACGGGCACAGAGAGUGAGUGCCUGGAGGCUUCGUCACUUUCAGAUACGGGCUGGUCUUGGCGGGGAGAAGGAAGUCAGUUGAUGGUUUUGGGCGGUGGCUGCGUCGUCGCCGAAAUCAGCCAAUCAGCGUGUCGUGACAGUCGAGCUUCGGUCGGCAAGUCGGUCGCUCUGAUUGGUCGAGGCCAUUGUCCGUGUAGUGCGCGCGGCGUCAGUUGCGCGCAGAGGCAACUAAUCGCGGGGCUCGUCUGCUCCGCCCUCACCGAGGCUAGCCGACACGGACCAAUAGGAAGCGGGCCGAACGACGUCGUUCACGGGCUCGCCAGCCUCGCCUAUUCGCAGGCGGUAACGUCCAUUUUACGUCGUCCGGACGGUUGCCUCGGGCGCUCAGGCUCAGCUGAGCGGCGCCGCAGAGCCCGGGAUGGUGUGGUCAGCAGCCUCAUGCAGGUUGUUUGUGUGCCCAAUGGUGCGUUGGCAGAAGACGAAGAAGGCAUUGUUGCCGGAGACGAUGAGCUUGCUGGAAUCCUUUAA